GGAGGAGACAUGAGAAGACAUCUUAUCCAUUGCGUCAGUUUGUUACUUUAUGAUUGAAAUCUGCUUUGUGUGUUGGUGCUCCCAAGUGAUCUGAAGCAGUGAGCUGAGUUUACAAAGAAACCAGUUAGUGUGUUUGGAUAUGCAGCGUCUUUGAUCGGAGGAUUUGAAUACAAAGAAAAAGCGCUGAACGUGAGAAAGGAAAUAAAUUAAGACCUUUCUUAUGUGAGAUGGGAGUCGUGCAGGUGGUCUUGAGCAGCGAGCUGUGAACUUCAUGUGUCGGUCGGGGAAGCACUGAAAUGAGUCGUGGGCAUCACUUUAUAAGCUCUUUGCCUGUCUAGUUGAGCAAGUCAAGCUUCAGUUUGAUCAACCCUCCUGAUAUUCUCAGAGCAGGAGUCCCAGCGCAUUGCACAGUCCAGCAGGACCGAGGAACUUUUAAAUUUGCUCUCCAGAGGAUCUGGAUCUGGCUGACUUGGCUUUGUUUCUUGGAGACACUUUGCACUCUUUCAUUGAAUUUUCUCUGUGAUAACCGUGCAUCCUCUGAGACAGGAUGCAGGUGUCGUUUGUUUGCACGGACCACCGGUCCAUGAGCCGUAGCACAGAUGACAGGCUCAACCGACAAAACGCUAACAGUCCAAGCACUGGUACCCGAAGCAAGUUCAAAGCCGUGGCCAUGGUGGCCAGGAGCCUCGGGCAGCUUUCUGUCCAGAGCGUCCCUUCUUCAAGUGACCAAAGCAUGAGAACUGGCAUGAAGUAUAGAAACCUGGGGAAGUCGGGCCUGAGAGUCUCAUGUCUUGGAUUAGGAACAUGGGUGACAUUUGGAGGACAGAUCACAGAUGAGAUUGCAGAGCAGCUGAUGACUCUGGCAUACGAGAACGGGAUCAAUCUGUUCGACACGGCAGAGGUCUACGCUGCAGGAAAGGCGGAGAUGGUGCUGGGCAACAUCAUAAAGAAGAAAGGAUGGAGACGCUCCAGUUUAGUCAUUACAACCAAAAUAUUUUGGGGUGGAAAAGCAGAGACUGAGAGAGGACUGUCAAGAAAACACAUUAUAGAAGGUUUGAAGGCAUCAUUGGAGAGACUGCAGUUAGAGUAUGUGGACGUAGUGUUUGCAAACAGACCAGACCCCAACACACCCAUGGAAGAGACUGUGCGGGCGAUGACCCAUGUGAUCAAUCAGGGAAUGGCGAUGUACUGGGGAACAUCACGCUGGAGUCCGAUGGAAAUCAUGGAAGCAUACUCUGUGGCCCGACAGUUCAACCAGAUCCCACCAAUCUGCGAACAGUCGGAGUAUCACAUGUUCCAGAGGGAGAAGGUGGAGGUGCAGCUUCCAGAGCUCUUCCAUAAGAUCGGUGUGGGUGCGAUGACAUGGUCCCCGCUGGCCUGUGGGAUAAUCUCAGGGAAAUACGACAGCGGGGUGCCGGCCUACUCUCGUGCCUCACUGAAGGUACUACAUAUCCCAUGAGUCUCCCUGUCUCCUCCUCCUCUUCCUGGUGGCCUCAUAUGUGAUUCCUUCGUGUUUGGUGUUCUAAUGGGAAUGUGUUCCAUGCCUUCCAGGUUCUGUAGUUGGUGUUUUCCUGUAGAUGUGUGUGUUGUUGAUGGCAUGAAUCCACAUGCCUGAUCUUCAACAUAUAUUUCUUUAUGUGAAUGAGUUUCUAUGGUAAUUCUGAGGAGGAUUGGCACUUGUUUUAUCAGUGUUUCCAUCUCUUUCAAGCACACUAAACCACACACACACAAGUGCACACUAAAAGCACCCGUUUCCCGAGCUCUAUGUUGGCGUAGUCGCAUGUUUUUGGCUCAUUGGUGUUUUUGUGACCCAUCAUCUUCCUCCUGUAGUCUUGUGUCACACUGUUGAUCAUUCCUGAUAUCUUGUUACCUCUGUGUAACAUACAUGUAGAUUGACACUUGACUAUAACAGAACCGUGCUGGUGGUCUGAACAGUGAUGGGUCCGUUGGAUUUGGAGACCCAUGAGUGUUUAGAUCACUAGACCACACUGGUCCUUUUCCACUGUUAAUUCAUAUCUACCAAUGAUGGACCUGAAGCUGGAUUAUUUAUCCUGCUCUAGCACACACACAAACAUGCUUUUGCUAGUCAGUACAAAUGAUAGGUUUUACUUUAAAGUCAACAUGAAGUCCAAAUUUACUAGAAUCUGACAUUUACUUAG